AUGAUCGAGAACAGCAGCCGCGAGCCCUCGUGUGCUUCAAGGAGCGACAUGAGUGUGACCCCCGAACGCGAGAAGAGACGUGGAGGUUGUGCACAAACGCCACCAAAAGAUGUAACACAAGCUGCCGCGGUAAGAGCACCGGGACGUGCUUCAGCGGUUGAAGCGGUCGAACCGUCCGCAGAAGCGCCCAUCAUCCCGUCAAACGCCCCAUCAAGCGUUAUGAGUCAACGGGACCCACCAGAUCGCAGCCGAUGCCUGGACGCCUUGAUCGUCGCCCUCACCAAUGCCGGCGACGGGCAGGGGUGGUACACGCCGACGACACAGCUCCAACUCGCGUCGCUCGACUUCUGCACCGCGUGCCGAGCCGUCCCGACGGUGCACCUCACCGUCGACGGAGACGUGCCGGCCCGCCUCAAAGCCGGCAUCGACAACGGCGGCGCGUCGCGCGUGCCGGCCUUUCGGCCCCGUUGCGUCACGUGGAACAAGCCGAUCGCCGCGCUCAGGGGGGAAGACGACGUGUUCGCCGACGUGCGGGUCUUGGUCCUGGGCCACGGCCUGGGUCGAGUUGGCGUGCGCUUCAACCGCUGGGUGGACGGGCUCCAGCUGCCGCCGGCGCUGCAAGACCUCACGUUCGGGCAGUGGUACGACCGACCUAUCCACAAGCCGAGACUUUCAAGCGACGAUAGACCACAUCGAGUGGCCAGACUAUCUGAAGCGGCUCACAAUCGCCCGUCCCGUCGGCACUCCGCUCCCGACAUGGCCCGGCGUCGACGUGCAUCGCAUGUGGCGGCACUGGUGGACACUGCCAAGCCCAGCCGUUUGAAGGGUGGAGAUAUUUUGUUUGUCACUGGGUUGGGUGCGGCCCUGGGGAAGCACCAACAAUGUCGGUGUAGUCUAUGACGGUGGCUGGUGCAGUGCUGACGGUGGCUGGUGCGGUGCUUUCAUUGCUUGCGACUGUUUGCGAUAUUUGCAAUCAACCCUUUGUUUGCGAUUGGUUUGUGUGUUUCGGACGGGAAGUUGCUGAGCGAGAAGCUCCAGCAGUCCCUCGUGAUGGCGGCGGCCAAAUUGGAAUAUCAUUACUUCAAAAUGAGCUAGAGACUCAGGUCGGGGGAACCUGGCGGUGACCCAUGGACCGACCUCGGCCUCGACGUCCGCGCAGCAAAACGAACGCCUCCGAACC